CAAAGGCAGCUGAAGCCUGCAGCUACGCAGAAAAAAAAAAAUAAAUCAGAAGAAGAGAGAACUUCCCUGGGAGAUCGACACUAAGAUUACUUUGCAUAGAACUGUUUCUCAUGUUUUCUUCUGAUAGUAUUCCCAGUUGGACAGAAAGCACCUGAAUCUGCUUGGAUCAUGCAGAAGAGAAAGCAUUCCUGGGCAGCCUUUGUGGGAGGAGGCAACAGGAAGGGGGAGAAAAUGGCUGGGGAAAAUGCAAGAAUACUGCCCAAGGCCACACAUGAGGAGAGAAAGAAGCAGGAGGCAAAAAGGAAAGGGAAAUUGAAAACCUUGGCAGGCAAAUUGCUGAAGACUGUGGUUGGUGGGAAGGAAAUGGUGGAGAAGGCUGGUGCUGAGGAUGUGGCAGGGAAUUUGCUGAAGAGGCCAAGCGGUAGGAAAGGAGUGGAGAGAGGGACGCCUGCAGAGGAAACCAUCUGCAGAUUAAUUGAGCAAGGAAAAUUUUUGGAAGCUUGUGAUCAAAUUCAUAAUCUGGAGCAUUCUGGAAAUGAUGGUAUGGGAAAGUCUGAAUUACUUUAUGCACUGCUGGCUGAACGAAUGUGGACUGUGGUGGGAGAAGCACUCAGUGGAAAUGAUAGGAUGCUCCUGGAGCCAUUGCAGUCAGUGGGGGAAUCACUGAAGUGGGAGAAGCAGAAGGAAGCAGAGCGGCUUGGCAACGGCCUAGAGACAGAUUCUGUUUCCACCUGGAGCCCAAACUUCUGGAGAAAAGAUCUGGAGGAAAAGCUAAUGCAGUACAUGACCGCCCAGAUUCCCCCGUUUGCUUCCUCUACCAACACAGAUGAGACUGCACUAAUCCAGCACCUGAGUCACCUGGAAAGGACGUUUCUCCCCAGCCUGGAGCACAGAAGUGAUGUCUUCAAGGAAGCAGGACUGCUCGUCACCUAUGCCCGCUGCUGUCAUGCCUCUUUGUGUUCCCACCUUGCCACACUUACUGACAGUAACUGUUUCAGCUUCAGCCAAAGCCUUUUAAUUUAUGGAUGGAGCAUUAAAAUGUACGAAAGAGGCAGCCAGGCAUGUGAGAGACCCGGGCACAGCCCCCAGCACAGCCUUUCCCUUGGUGCACAGUGCCUCGUGUGGAUUCUUUUGAAGACUGAGGAAAAGUUACUUGCAAUUGCACGGAAGGAAGUGGGGAAAACGCUGAAAGAAGCCUUUGAUAUUGGGAAACCCCCCUGUGCAGACGCUGCAGUCAUUGAGAUUCUAACAGAGAAGACAGAGGCUGCCAGGCGAAUCAGCGAGAGCCUGAGUGAGAAGGUGGAAGCUGAGUGCCUGGAGGAGUGCCUGAGGUUCCUGGAGAGCUAUGAAGAUGAAGUAAGAAGUUUCAUCCAGCUUGAUGGCUGCCUGCAGAUCUGCAGCAGCUUACGAAUCCUGGAGAAUUGCUGCCUUCUCAGAACUGUCUGGCAUAAGCUGACAUACAUUUGCAGUGUCAGCACUGACCAGAAUGUUAAGGUAAAUGGAUUUCUACACAGGAUGGAAGAUGACAUUAUGGAGCAUUUUCUGCAGACCAUCACUAUGAAACUCAAGGGAACACUGAAGGACCACUUCAAAAAGUGUGAUAGUGGUUUUGACCACAUCCUUGAGUCCUUAAAGCAAAACUUUUUGACCUUUGGGAAGAAAAAAACAGAUAUAUAUGAGGCCCUCGUCAAGGCUGUCAAUGCCAUCAUUAUUACAGAAUACAUGCAGGCCCUCCUGACCACUCCCAGGAAACCAUCUGCUAUGCAGAGGAGGAGGAUUGUCAACAAGAUAGAAGAAGAUCAUAGGAUGAUGCAAACCAUCUUUAAAGAGUGCUUAGGUCCUGCAGCUGGUUCUCUCAAGGAUCCCAUAAAAGCAAUUUUAGAGCUUGUUCAAACUUCUGAUCCUGAGGGGAUGAAAAUAGCACUUCUGCCCAUUCUAAAAGAAUUUCCUGACCUCAGGAAGGAACAUCUGAGUGCAGUGCUGGACAUCAAAAAUUCGCUCAGCCGAGAAGACAGAGCUGCUCUCUUGAAGGCAUUUCAUGAUAAUUGCAGGGAAUCAGAAACAGAAGCAAACUUGCUUUUUGCAGAUAUAGAAGUAAAACCUAGAAAAUGCGGAAUCUGUGGCUGCCUCUGCUGUUAGCAAAGGCCUGCUGGGAGAAACAUGAGGCCUUGCUCUGCUGUGCCAGCGUCUGCAACCACAACUCCUUGAAAGCUUCUCAUGCAGAUGGAUGCAUGGAGAAGCCUUUCAGCCACGGAAGAAAAAAUUUCUGCGCUUUUGCAGGAAAACCAUGAGGCUCAAAUCCUAAUCUUAAAUGUAAAGUCCAGGAGGAAGAUGAAUGAGAUAUGGUUGAAAGACAUUUCUUCCAAAUUUCCUAGAGAUUGCCAUUCAGCUAAGUCCUGGUGGUUAUUCCCAGGAUGUGGCAAGUGUGGAGGAGGGUUUCCCCUCACUGAAUUCCUCUCUGAAUUCCUCCUUUGUUCCAUGAAAUCUCCAAUGAAACCAGGGACUGCUGCACCACAUGGUGUCCCAGCACGGCAACUUCCCGAGGGAUCCAAGACCUCUGUUAGGGAAUAUUGCCUGGCUGAUUGUGCUGGCAAUGCCUGCAGGUCUGGGCACCUCAGUUUACUCCCCAAAGCCUGGCCUGCACCACGAAGGUGCAGACAGAGCUGCCUCUUCCCUCUCUUGUGAAGGCUGUGACCUUCUUUUGGGGCAGCCUGCCAUGGUGAGGUGUGGGACGGGGAGCUCUUCCUGUAUGAGUUUUACAGCUGGCUCAGGAGCAUAGUCUUGCAUUAAUUUUUAUACCUCAGUUACUGGAAAUUUCCUCUUGGAGAGAGAGGAGAAAACCUCAUGGGAAGCAGGCAGUAAAAGGAGCUGUUUGUCCCAGCCUCUGGGCAAGGUCUCUGCUAGUUUUCAGAUGUAAAUAGGCAGUUCUGAAGGAAAAACACUGAUUUUUCUUCCUGGUUAUCUAUGGACUGGUCACAGGCCACAAGCGGGAUGUGCUUCAAGGCCCUCCUUUGGUAUUGUAUGAAUAUAGGCCAUUACUGCUCCCCUUUGACACCACAACCAAGCAAGAAACUCUACCUCAGAUGCACCAGUGCUUUUCUGAGCAGCCAUUCCCCCUCAAGUCUGCUACCCUAACAAGGAGAAGGAAAUUUCUGCAUAACCUGUCAAUGUGUGUAGCAGGGGACAUGUCAUGCCCUGGUACCGUGGGAAAUGCAGACCCAUCUGGGUGCUGCCACAUUCUACAGUGGUGUGCCAUCACCCCAGGGACUCAGGUGCCCCAUCCCAAAGCCCUCAGUGCAGAUGGGGUCCUGUGAGCUGGAAAGGAGCCAGGGCAGAUUUGUAAUUGUCAUUAGCUUUGUUCCUGGUGCUGUGCUGAGUGCAGGGUGAGUGUCUGAGGAGAAGAAACAGGUUGCUUCCAUCUCCAUGGAGUCCUCUGUGUGCUUUCAGGGCACCAGGAGACCUUGGCUCUGUUACACUUCGUCCCUCUUGUCACUGAAGGGCAGUGAGAGCAUCCCAUGGCCUGCCUGGCCUUCCUGACUGCCCGGCUGCUCAAAAGGCCAGUGUUGGUAUCCCUAACAUUUCAUAGCCAUCCAUUGUGGCUUCAGUGAGACCUUCUGUGGGAUAUGGGAAGGCUGGGGAAUCUGGGGGAGCUGCAACCUGGCUGGGUGGGCAUGGGUUGGGCUGUGGGGCUGGAUGAGCACCUGCUUUCUGAAGGUUGUCAGCCCUGCCAGGCACUGUGGGCCAGCCACCCUCCCCUCCUGCUGAAUUGCACAUUUUUGCAAGGAUGGGAAGGGAUGUCAGACCUGGAUGACAGACCCUAUUGUGAUGGCAAGGUCAGGGUCAGCCUCUGCCAAUGGGGAUUUCAAGCAACAAGCCUUCUAGAGAAAAUAAAUAAAACCCUCCCUGACAUUUCCAUCACUGUUGGGCUAAAAAUAAUCCUUCAGCAUGUGGACAGCUCUGGCCAUGCACAUGUCAAUGCCGAUGUCUGUCUGUGCUGUUUGACAUCUUCAGCCAGCCAAGGGUGUGUUCUGCUUAGAAUCAGCAGCUGGGAGCCCUGAGGGGCACCAGGCUUGCCAUUGCUGUGUGCAGAUCAAUGAGGUUUUGUAGCAGCAAGUUUUUGCACCAUGUGUGAAACAUCCACUCAUGGAGAGACCAAAUAAAGACUUGAGUUUGUCCAUGAUGUUUAAUGACAU